AUGACGCAAGCGCAACCACACAACUUGACGGCAGCCGCAGUCUCUGUCAAACUCCCGGAUUUUUGGAAAAAUGAUCCGGCAAUGUGGUUUGCGCAAGCUGAGGCGCAGUUUGUGUUAGCCGGAGUAGUUGCAGAUGAAACAAAAUACUACCACAUCAUAAGCAAAAUCGACCAAUCCGCAAUAUGUCAGAUUGCGGAAUUGGUUCAGAACUCACCGGCAGCGGACAAAUAUAAAAAAGGGAAGGACCGCCUAAUCUCCCGCUUCGAAAUAUCUGCCCAAGGAAAACUAGAACGUUUGCUUAACGCGUGUGACCUGGGAGAUAUGCGCCCGACACAUUUGUUGGCUCGCAUGCAGGAGUUGGCGGCCGGUUUUAACAUCAGCGACGAUGUCAUGAAAGUCUUGUUCCUUCAGCGUAUGCCCGAGAGAAUCAAACCCGUGUUGACAAUUAGCGAGGAUGCUCUUACGAAAAUUGCGGAAAUGGCAGACGAAAUGUUGGAGUCGUCGAGUUCUGCCACAGUGGCGGCAACGUCGCCCGCUUCUUCAGUGAUUCCCGGAUUCGAGCUGAGUGCUAUUCAGGAACAGAUUGCCACUCUGACUGCCGAAGUUCGUCGCUUGGAAACUAGUGGACCAAGAAGCCGCUCAUCAUCACGGACUCGCCGAGGAUCGAAUGAAAACGUUUGCUGGUAUCACCGGAAAUAUGGACGAAAUGCUCACCAGUGCCGGGAGCCUUGUUCUUUCGCCGGUUAA